ACAACCCAUUCCAUUUCUGUCACUUCUGAUACCCAAAGCUGGACUUUGUGUGUCAAAGGAAAAGAGGAGAGAAUUUUGGUCCGAGGAUCAGUUGGGAUUUUAGACAUUUUUACCUUUUUGAGCGACCCCCACACCCGCAGACAUCAUGUGUACAGGAGCCUGUUCUAAGUUCAUCGCCAUCCCGCUCUACGUCCUGGCUUUGGUGUCCGUCAUCUGCAACAUCAUGCUCUUCUUCCCUGACUUUGACACACAGUAUGCAGCCCAAGACCGGGACGGAAAGGAGCGUAUCACGAUGGAGGUCAAAUUCAUGUCAGGCCUGAUAGGAGGCGGAAUCAUGGUCCUCGUUCCUGCCAUCCACACUCACCUGACCAGUGCUAAGAACUGCUGUGCCAACCGCUGUGGUAUGUUCCUAUCCAUUGGUUUUGCAGCAGUUGGUGUGGUGGGGGCCAUUUACAGUCUGAGUGUUGCUGCCCUGGGCCUUGCCAAUGGGCCACUAUGCUUUUGGAGCAAUACUGAAUACACCGUACCUAAAUGGGGGACGCCCUUCGCCAACGGUAACGCGAGCUACCUGACCGAUAAAUCAAUGUGGAGUUGGUGUAAAGCUCCAAAUAAUGUGGUUGAAUUCAACGUGGGACUGUUCUCCACUCUGAUGGUGGCGGCGUGCUUUGAGCUCGCCCUCUGUCUCAUCCAGAUGGUCAACGGACUUUUUGGAUGUCUCUGUGGCACCUGCAGCGGCAAGGAAUAAGCUCAACUGCACGACACACCAUGACCUCUUGAAGAAUAAAUGACGGGGAUCAUCAUCCCAUUCAUCAACUCAACUCAUCACCACGAUCAUAACCUACUGCAUCACAGGGGGGGUUUGAGAUAGAGGUUGAAAGUCUUUAUUAACACAGUCCUAUCUGUCCAAAUCCUCAUUAUUAUUAUUAUUAUUACUAAUUCUUCAAAAGGAAUGACUGGGAUUGUCAAUAAAUAUCUCUUCUGUAACUAUUUUAUUAUUCUCAGAUUACACUGAUUGUAGAUGGAAAAACUGAUGUGUACUAUAUUUGUAUCUGUAAAAUUGUAUGUCUAAAAUAUUUUUUAAUAAAGGUCUGAACAUAAGAUAAAAAAGGAGAUACUUAAGGAUGUCAAGUAAUUAAAUCCAGAAUAACUGUGUCUUGUGUUUGCGUUUGAUUAUUGUUUUACCAACAAAUAAAUGACUAUGUUAUCAAAUAUUUCCCA